AUGGCGACUAAGCGGGAUGAAGCGGCCGCGAAGGCCAUCCGCUUCCGCAAGGCGGUGAAGGAGCCGCAGCUGGUUUCCGCGGCCCCGCUCUCUCUUGAGAAGUCGGCCGCCGCCUCCGUCGUGGGGGCAGAGGCCGCCGCUUUGAAGAAGCUGGCGGAGGCCGAGGCCGCCGCCGCGGCGAAGAAGCAGGCCAAGGAAGCCGCACGCCAUCAGUUGGCGAUGCUUGUCAUCCCGCUGAACUCCGCGCCGCCACCACCGGAGUUCGUGGGGCAGACUGGGGAAGCCGGCGGCGAGCACCCUAUCAUGGAGAGGGACAGCGGCGACAUCGCCAUGCCGGACGUAAUCGUGCCCCCGCCACCACCUUCUGAGGAGGCGCGAGACAAGCAGCCGGCCGACCCGCCGGCGCCCCCAGCCGGAAACGAGAUGGUGACGGGCCCGACUCCUGAGGUCCACACACCCUUACGCCGGCGGCUCGCGAAGGCGGCCUUGGCGCCACGCCCGCUGGAGACCGGCGCCCCAAGCUCCUCGAUCCCGGACACCAAGGCGACCAGCGCCGCGCCCACUGGGUGGAUGCGGGGAGGCGGGACGGGCCCUCUGAACAAGGCGAUCCUGGACGUUCAAGCCAAACUCCGCGCCGAGGCCGACGCUCUCAAGCACUGCAACAAGGCGUUCCUGGAUUAUCAUAACCUCCGUGCGGCCGCCUUCAACUCCAAAGUCCAGGAGUUGGAUCAACGUGUCGUCGACUUGUCGGAGAGCCGGAAGGCCAACGCCACCCUUCAGCAGCAGCUGGGUGAAGCCAACACCGCGCUGCGUGCCAAAUAA